GGUGAAGAUAGAAAUUGAGUAGGAGAGGCUAAGCGAUGCCAAAAGCAUAUGGCAUUAUGUAUUGUGCUUCACUACUCUUUUACACACCCACCGACAAAUCUAGAUUUGGGUUAUAUUACAUUGUCCAAUCCUCAAGGGCCGACGAUAAACCGGAGGGCAUGGACGAAUGUCUGAAAAAAUCCGGAGCUGCACCAGACGACAUUUCAGCCAGACCUCGUAAAAAUACCAAUGAAGUAAGAUGUUUUUGGAAAUGCAUGCUAGAAAAACACGGUAUGAUUGAUGGAUCUGGUGCUAUUAAUACAGAUAUAUUCGAAAAAGCUUUUCCAAAAGCAGCUGCACACUACGAUGAUGCUACGAUAGCAACAUUGAAGACCUGUAUCGGUGCCAUCGACAAAAUUGCAACCUGUGACGAUACGAAUAAAAUACGUGAGUGUCUAACGAAAGCUGAAAAAGCCUAAGAAUUUAUUAUCUGCUUUUAAAUAGAAAAACUAAUUAGUUUAUUUCUUGAUAAUUGUAUGUUUUAUUAUUUCGUUUUUGGAAUAAAUUUAAUCUUUAUAGACUAUAAAAUAAAUAUAAUAAAUACAUAAGUAAAUAAAUAAAUGUACAAUAAAAACAAAUAUAUUAUAAAAUAUUA